AAAAAAAAAAGGUAGUAAUCUCCACAACACAAGCCCCUAAUAUGGCCAUCUUUGUCAAGCUCGUCACUGCUCUUCUCGUCCUCUCUCUCGUUUCCACAGGAAAUUGUCAGUGUAUAUUGAACAACAUAACAAUCAGCCAAAGGAUGACUGGAUUUCAGAUCCAUGGAAUGACAGAAUGGAAAGUGACAAUAAGCAACAACUGCCCUUGUUCUCAAUCAGAAGUGAAAAUUGAUUGCAAAGGAUUUCAAACUACUGAAAGCAUCGAUCCUUCCAUCUUAGCCGUUUUUGAUACUGAGUGUUUGGUCAACAAUGGCCUUCCUAUUUUCAAUUCCAACCCCAUUACUUUCUCUUAUGCACAAGACCCUCAAUUCAAUUUCAAGCCAAUCUCCUCCCAAAUUUCCUGUUCUUAA